AUGGGUUCAUGUGUUUCCAUUCAUAGGGACGCGGACUCCGCCAUGAAACUCAGACUGUCAUUUGGGUCCAAAACCGACAAGCUCGUCACCCCACCCUUCCCAGUCAACGAUAAACUCGCCAAUGGCGACCGUCCGAUCAACGAUCCUCCUAUUAAAUCUCAUUGGUCGCCCUCUCGCUCCACCACCGCUUUCCGGGACUACGGUAGUAGAGAGGAGGCCUUUUUUGAUACGAAGCCGUGGUUGGACUCAGAUUGUGAAGAUGAUUUCUACAGUGUCAAUGGUGACUUUACCCCAUCUCGUGGCAACACUCCCGUCCAUCACAGCUUGUCCGUUGGCUCCUCCCGAAUGAACAAAACUCCUUUUGAGGACAGAAUUCCUGGUCCAUCUCCAACAGAAAAGAAGAAGAAACUACUUGAACUUUUUCAAGAGAGCUUCAAAAAUGAUGAAGACGCUGACAACGCAGUAAAGCCAACUACACCUAGUCUCCCUCCAAAAUCUGUCAAUGGUACUCCUGCCCCUGCAACUAAUUCCGUCUCUAGCAGCGAAUGGACAGCAAACGGAGAUGUUGCAACUGAGAAGGAGAAACCAAUUAGGUCUGUGCAGUGCUGCCUUCCCAGCUUAGUUUCUUGCCGUAGCUCGAGUCACAGGAAGAAGAUGAGCCCUACCAUUGCUGUAGUUGAUAAAGUUUGA